UUCUCUCCUAGAUAAAUCAAGGCUUGUUCCGCGGUCCGUGAAAACCCUAGCUGGAUUAUGCGAGAGUGUGCUCAAGUGUGUUGUCAUCUCAUUCUGUUCACUACUGCUUCUGACCUCUAUAGAACAGGUCACACAUAAAUUCCGGCUUAGACAAUAGAUCGUCUUGUGCUGUCAAUGAUACCAAAAUAGGAAGGUUUUGAUCGAUGUGUGAUUGGAUUAAUUAAACACUUAGUUGGAAAUUAAGUCUGACACCACAUGAAAGGUCUCAAUAGUCUGGGGCUUCAACUUUUGUUACAGACAACAGAUCACUGAACUAGUUUGUACCAACAAGUAUUAACAUACAAUCAUGGGUUUGCUGGAUGGCCUGAACAUCAAUGCCGUCGUCCUGGCUCGGCUUUUAUCCUAUGCUGUCUUAGUAUUUUUUAGUUUCUUCAUAUUUGUGGGUGUGGCUGUUAUGAAAGACAAAUACAAUGGCCUUUGUGUGUUGUAUAUAUUUGGUCCAGUGUCCAACUGUAACUAUGCCAUGGCUAUCGCCAUCAUAUUCCAACUGUUUUAUGCGUUGUAUCGUAUAGUAAUUCUCUUUCUAUUCAAAAUUGGAAAAUUUACCACAGAUAUGUUUCUCUUUUCUGAUCUGAUGGAGCUUGUACAUCUUGGUAUUGACCUGGUGGCUUUAUUCCUAACUUUUAUUGCUGCUUGUAUCCUGUCUGCUGGUCAUAAUGCUAAUUGUGGAAAAUAUAAUUGUACUGAUGACAUAUGGGUGUCUCCAUCAAGAGCAGCUCAAGCAGGUGCAUGGAUAAGUACAAUUGUGUGGUUGUUGUUAUUCAUCUUAGAAUUUUUGUACAUGAUGAGACAUGGAAAAAUCCCAUUUUUACCAGGAGCUCGAGCACAGCAAUCAACAACAACCAAUCAGACUGGAGAAACACCACAAGUGGAUACUAUGCCUGCCGAUCAACACUCUGAAAUUAAAUAUUAAAGCAAUGUUUUAUGGUUUGUUUGCUAGAAUAAAUUAAAAGUUCAAUGCUUAAUUAGGUGUUCAAAAGUUAUAAAAUCUAUGUAAAUUAAUCAAUAUUUCAAAAGAUAAUGGAAAAAAAAAAGACACCAAUAGAACAUUAAUUAAAAGCUAUUAUUUUUACAUAGAUAAAAUAAUUUUUUGAAAUUAAAACAUAUUUUGUUAUACAAUAACAAAGCUCUUAAUCAUGAUAUUGUUCAUAAUUCCAUUUUUUAUAAUAAAUGCCCAUGGUCUAAAGCUUUGUAGAAUCAUUAGAAAAAUUCUAUUAAAAAAUGUUAAUAUUUUUCUAAUAGCUGUUUAACUCUCCAACCAAAAAAAUAUUUUAUCCUUAGUUUGUAGAAGUAAAAUAAUCUAUUGCAGUAAACAAAUGAGAUUCAACAACCAAAAGUCUUUAAAUAUUUUUAAAUAUUUAUUUUAAUGAUCCAAUCUGAAGUUAAUUUUUUAUUUUGCUUGCAUUAUAUGCUUUUUUUUUCAAUAAAAAAAAAUUACUAGUUGAUAGUUAUCCUUGCUAGUACUUCUAUAAGCAAAUUAAUUUUAAUCAUUAUCAACUGUCAUUUAUAUUAUCAUUGUAAUAUAAUUAUUAACAUUUAGUUAUUAAUAUGUAUGUUUAUAUACGCAAAAUGUAUAACACUUGUACAAAGUUUCAGAUAUUUUUUUUGUACAAAUUUAUUGUAAUGUAGAGAUGAGCAGAUGAUCUAUUUAAUGGUAAAUAAAUUAUAAUUAUUUUUCAAUUGCAAAUGCGAUAUAAUUUUUUUCAAGCUUUUUGGUAUGUAAAUGAAAACUGUAAUGAAUAAAAUUAAUGAAUUCCAACAUUUAAAGUUUGUUGAAAUUAUAUUUCAUGUACAUAAUCUACAAACAAACAUGUAAAAUAAAUGUUUAAAAUUAAGAUCUCAGUCAUUUAGUUUGUCAUAUGUCCAAUGUACUAUUAAAUGUAAUGAGCUCUCCAAUGAAAGAAUUAAAAAUAAAUUCUACAAUGACUUUCAUUCAAAAUAUUUGUUACUACCAGAAACCAUUUCUUUCUUUCUUUUAUUUUUUCUACUGGUAAAUCUAUAUUGUUGUGUUGUAUCAUUAAAAAGAAAAAUAUGUAAGAAAAUUUAAUAACUUUUUUUUUUACUACCAUGCUAUAGCCAAAUAUUUUGAAAUAUUUAAUAUUAAUAUUUUAAAAAUCUCAUUAAUUUAUUUCAAUGUUGUGCCUUAAAAAUAAUUUUUGCAACUACAUUUACAAAUGACAGCAAACAAUAAUUAAUGUAUCAGUGAUAAUUUCAUAUCAAUUAUUUUUACAAUGGAACUCAAAAAUUAUAUGUAAAAGUUGCUAAGGAAUUUUAAUAUUAAUCAUUUUUUUUUUAAUUAAAAAGAGAAACUCACUAAUUUAUAUUUUGUAAUGUUCCAUUACUGGAUAUUAUCUCAGCUCAGAUAUCAUCAAAUGGAAGUACUAGAAUGAAAAUCAGCCAGGAGUGUUGUUAGAACUGAAUCAUUGUAAAUGAGAUGUAAAAUAUUUCAAAUCACAUUAUUAUAAGUGCCUGCAGCUUGUCAUAGUUUUUACACCUGUUUUUUUAACUUAACUUUAUUGAAUUAGAGAGAUGCAUUUUUAAAGUACUUGUAAGGAGAUAGAUAAAUAGAAUGUAUGUAGUAAAAGAAAGUACUUAGAGACAUGCUGAGUGUACUUGAAAUAAAAAUUUAAAAAAUAAAGGCUUAAAGUUCGA